CCUACACCGUUCAAAAACAAAGAAAAAAAAACAUUAAAAACAUUCACUAAAAAAAACCCUCACCCGCAUCCUCACCUCAGUAAGCCAUAGCUGCUGCCGCCAUUUCCUUCCCACCGACAACCGUCCUCGCCGCCCCCUUCUCCUCGCUCCACCGUUGUAGAAGCGACCGCCGACCAGGGUUCUUUUAUGUGAAGCAGCUUUUCGCAUCGAAUCAGCGAUGCCGAGGUACUACUGUGACUACUGUGAUACUUACUUAACCCACGAUUCUCCAUCUGUGAGAAAGCAGCAUAAUGCAGGUUACAAACACAAGGCAAAUGUGAGGUCCUACUACCAACAAUUUGAAGAACAACAAACUCAAAGUUUAAUCGAUCAAAGGAUCAAAGAACAUCUUGGGCAAGCUGCAGCAUUUCAGCAGGUUGGUGUGGCUUAUAAUCCUCUAGUUCAGAGGCCAGCCAUGCCCCCUGUAUUGCCACCUCCGAGAUUGCCUAUUCCUGGUGCCCCCCAAAUACCUGGAAGUCAACCGCUAAUGCCGGGAAUGCGACCCCUUUUGCCUAGGCCAAUUCCUGGUGCACCAGGAUAUAUGUCUGCACCUCCCAUGCAACCAAUGGUACCUCCUCCUGGAGCUCCCCAGGUGCCAGGUCAGCUGAGUUCCCUACCCCGGCCGCCUACAUUAGCUCCCACACCAACAGUUCCUGGAAGCACUGCACCACCAGCUUCGAAUGGUGCUCCUUCUAUUGCUCCACCAGCCAUGUAUCAAGCCAAUCCAACAGCACCAGCAACUGGAGGUUAUGAUAGUUACAAUGCAAAUGCUCAAGCACCUGAGGGCAAUCACUGAUCUGUUGAAACUGCUUCGUUCGCUCUGCAUUGCUCUAUCUGGUGUCCGCGCUUGAUGACUAGAACUGUUUUAUGCUCUUCCUCCUUGCAGUUAAUCAUAUGAGGACUCUCAAACUCACUUCCCAUGUUUGGUCAUAUUUAGGGGCAUCAUAUACUGAGAUAAUUGGUAUGUAUGUACUAUGUAAUGUAUUGAUUGGUUUGAGUGUCGGGAAAAAUCUUGUUCUAGUAUAGUUAUUAGGAUGAAAAUAUUCACAUUGAAGUGCUAAUUGAGAAGAACCUUUGCCAAUUGCCAUGGUUUUGAUAAACUUCAUGAUACUUAGUAUUGCUGCAAGCAUUUUGGAAAUAAUCCAUAUCAAAUGCUCGUAACUAGGAAACUUCAAGAAACAAUUCAUUGCAUAGCUAUGUUUCCCGCACGGAUUAAAUUGAGAUUCUUGCAUGAGACAACCUAAGGGCCUCUCUUGUUUCUUAACGGUUUCUUUUUCUAGUUUUUU